CGUAUAUCUAAGUGAGUCCUACGACGCAGGAUUCCCAAAAGAGACGCCGUCUCGUAUAAUUUUAUAUUCACCAUAGGAUAUAAAUCCGGCAACAUCUCUCUGCUAGGCUUACGCAAACUAAGAUUGUGUUCUAUUGUCCUCUCCCACUGUAUCCGGAUACUUAACCCCUUUAAACCUGAUACCUCCUGUCCACCGCAAACACCUUUUCCAUACUUAGCAAUGUCCAACCCAACCAACCGCGCCUUCUGGCAAGACGCCGCCGGCGUCCCGAGCGCCAUCCGCGAAUCCCCGGUCCCGUCCUCCCUCGGCCCCCACGAAGUCCUCAUCAAGGCGCGCGCCUGGGCCGUGAACCCUGUGGAUGCGUACCUGCAGGUCGUCGCGCUGCCCUUCAUCACGUACCCCGCGAUCCUCGGCACGGACGUCGCCGGCGUCGUCGAGGCCGUCGGCUCCGGGCCGGCUUCUCAGAAGUUCAGGGUCGGCGAUCGUGUGCUUGGGUACGCGCCUGGUAGGAAGAGGGAAGGGGCUGCGUUCCAGGAACAUGUUGUCUUGGACCAGGGACUUGCGAUGAAGAUCCCGGAUACCAUGGCUUUUAGGGAGGCGUGUGUGUUCCCGCUUUGUCUUGCGACGGCGGGCGGGGCGCUUUUCGGGAGCGAGUAUUUGGGCUUGCCGUUCCCGGGGGAGGGAAAAGGGGAGGGGAAGACGCUGCUCGUUUGGGGCGGCGCCGCGGGCGUGGGGAGCAAUGCGAUUCAGCUUGCGAAGGCGGCCGGGUUCGACGUCGUGGCUACGUGCUCGGCGCACAAUUUCGAGCUCGUGAAGGGCUUGGGCGCGGGCAAGGUGUUCGACUACAAGAGCCCGAGCGUGAUCGACGACGUCGUCGCCGAGCUGGAUAAGCGCGUCUGCGCGGGCAUCUUCCAGGCCGCGGGCCCGCAGAACGGGGUCGUGCCGUGCUUGGAGAUUGCGUGGAGGUCGAAGCAGGAUCUGUUCGUGGCGUGCGCGAAUCUUGUUCCUGAGGGGAGCGUGCCGCAGGGCGUGAGGGCGACGUUCGUGCUUGAUACGAGCGAUGAGAGGGGCUCUUAUUACGGUACUACGAGUAAGAUAUUCGCGGACUUUCUGCCGAGGGCGUUGGAGAGGGGCGAGUAUAAGGUGGCGCCUACGCCGGAGGUGGUGAAGACUAAGGGGCUCGAGGGGAUUCAGGAGGCGAUUGAUCUUCUGAAACAGGGGGUUUCGGCUAAGAAGAUUGUUGUGGAAGCUGAGUAGGUGGGUAUGAGGUUACAUUGAUGCUUGUAACGAAGAGAAUUUGGAAGUUUGAUGAAGUGAUUUAAGAUAUGGGGAUGGUUUCACUUUGUAGAAUGUUAACACACUCCCUGCUUAAACGUAUGA